AACAGGGUAUCACCACCGAUAUUGUGAGAUACACAGCGUUUUUCUCCUACUUCUCACUCCAACUGGCCCAGCUCUUCCUGUGUUGUUUCGCUGACCAGCCUCCAGAGGGGAAAACCGUCCUCGUCAAGAACCCAUGUCCAGUCAAGAUGCCUCUUUCCUGUCGAAGAUGCUCUUCUGGUGGUUUACUGGGCUGGUGGUUAAAGUUAUCGUACCCCUCUGGAAGCUGGAGACCUGUGGAGCCUGAGGGAAGAAGACACAUCGGACAAGAUCAUCUCUGAUCUUGGAGGAGGAGUGACAACAGAAUGCGCCAAACUGCAACAGUAAGAACCAAUUACAAUAUGCAUACUCUCGCCAAACUAAUUCUGUAGCUUCAGAGACUCAGAAUCAAUAAGCUUAAUUUUAUGACAUUGACAUUGUGGUUAAACUUCACAUAGUGGUGCCUAGAACUCUAGAUGAUCGAAGUCCCUUGAGGAGCUUGUUUAGUUGUAAUCGGAAAACAAGCUGUCUCGCUAUGUGACACUUAAGUCCAAAAUAGGUCAAAAGAAGUCCCCUAAGGACAGCAUACUGUAACGUCGAGACACUAGCUUUGAAGAUCCCAUUGUUAAAUUCCAAAACCUUGCGUUAAGCGCUCCUCUACUCACGUGUGAGCAGGAUAAUGCCUUUUAUGGCUGCUGAAAAGUCUUCUCUUCACAUUUUUGCAUCGGAGAUGUGUCAAAUGAACAACCAAGACUGGUUGUUGAAUUUUUCAUCCCUUUGUUUCAUAUUAAAAAAAAACAGGCAACAUGUACGGCCAUCAAACCCAGAUGUCCUCUCUGUCUGUUUGUUUUUCCAGGCAGGAGAAGACCAUCGGCAGGCGUGGCGCGGGCACCAGACUGCCCGACCAGGCCAGAUACUCAGGAGCUGCAGAAGGAGCAGAGCUCCGGCUUCUGUCUGCUUAGAACACUGGCCCGGAACUUCGGACCUUACUUCCUUACUGGGACGAUGUGCAUCAUCUUCCACGACUUCUUUAUGUUUGCCAUUCCUCAGGUGCUCAGUCUUCUUCUGGGCUUCAUGAACGAAGAAGAYGCCCCCCUGUGGAAGGGUUACUUCUACGCUACCCUGAUGUUCCUGUUGUCCUGUCUCCAGUCCCUGUUCAACCAUCAGUACAUGUACACYUGCUUCACCGUGGGCAUGAGAGUGAAGACAGCCGUGAUGGGACUGGUCUACAGAAAGUCUUUGGUGAUCAACAGUGCAUCCAGGAGGACGUGCACAGUGGGGAGAUCGUCAACCUGGUAUCAGCCGACACUCAGAAGCUCAUGGACUUUGUGGUUUACUUCAACGCAGUGUGGAUGGCUCCUAUCGAGAUCGCCUCUGCCUCUUCUUCCUCUGGCAGCACCUAGGCCCAUCUGCGCUAGCCGGAAUUGCCACCGUCAUCCUCAUCUUCCCACUCAACGGAUUCAUCGCCAAGAAAGGAGCAAACUGCAGGAGGUACAGAUGAAGUUUAUGGAUGGGCGAAUCAAGCUGAUGAACGAGAUCCUGAACGGGGAUCAAGAUCCUGAAGUUCUAUGCAUGGGAGAAGGCCUUUCUGGAGCAGGUCCUGGGAUACAGGGAGAAAGAACUGAAGGCCUGAAGAAGUCCCAGAUCCUCUACUCCAUCUCCAUCGCCUCCUUCAACUCAUCCACUUUCCUGAUUGCCUUUUCCAUGUUUGGUGUCUAUGUGCUGAUUGAUGACAAGAACGUCCUAGAUGCCCAGAAGGUCUUUGUCUCCAUGGCUCUCAUCAACAUUCUGAAGACCCCACUGAGCCAGCUACCCUUUGCCAUGAGCACUACCAUGCAGGCCAUUGUCUCGCUGAAGCGCUUAGGGAAAUACCUGUGUUCUGAGGAGCUGAAAGACGACAAUGUAGCCAAGGCCCCUUUGAGUACUG